ACAACAGCUCUGAUACUGUCAACAACUGGGAAAGUCCAUGACUAUGGGUCGUAUUUACACAGUCUUAGUUACUGGAUUGGUGGUUCAGUAACCUAGAGUGCACUUUAAGGUCAUCAGUUUAGCUCCACUGAAUGUGAAGAAAAGUUUUGUUGUCUUCAGGGAAUGACCGACGGCUAAGAAUGAUGAAAAGCGUGUCUGUGGCUGUGCUCAGUCUGCUCCCACUGGCAUUGAGUGUGAAAUUAACAGGACUCUUCGGGAGCUUCACUUCACCCAACUUUCCAAAUGUGUAUCCUAAUAAGCAACACAUUGUGUGGAACAUCACAGGGCCAGUGGGACACAGACUUCGGCUCUACUUCACCCAUUUCAGUCUGGAACCCUCUCUUCACUGUGAAUAUGACUACUUAGAGGUAUUCUCAGAGGGCAAUGGCACUGUUCGAUUCUGUGGUGAGGAUAAGAAAAAUUAUGAAGAUUCCCCAAAGAACACCGUCCUCUACUCCUCCACAAACGCAAUGUCUGUCAUCUUUAGAUCAGAUUACUCCAAUGAGGGACGAUACACAGGCUUCCAGGCUUUUUAUGCCACAGAAGACAUCAACGAGUGCCUGAUUACUGUGGAUGGAGAGCCUGUGUGUGACCAUUACUGCCACAAUUACGUGGGGGGCUAUUACUGCACUUGCAAACUGGGCUACCAGCUCCAUGCCAACAAGAGGGACUGCACUGUGCAGUGCAGUGGUCAGGUGCUGGUGGAGAGGUCAGGAGAGUUGACCAGCCCUGAGUAUCCAGCUGCGUACCCUAGAAUGAGUCAGUGUGACUACACCAUCAGCCUGCUGGAGGGCUUCCAAGUGAGCCUGGAAUUUGAGGAGCCGUUUGACGUAGAGACUCAUCCCGAGGUCUCCUGCCCUUAUGACAUCCUGAAGAUCACUGCAGGUUCAAGGGAGUACGGCCCAUUCUGUGGAACCAAGCCACCAGCCAGAAUCGAAACUGGCACUCACAAAGUGCAUGUGACGUUCCACUCAGACGGCUCCGGAAAAAACAGAGGCUGGAAGAUAAAGUACUCCAGCACAGCCAAACCUUGCCCAAAUCCGGUAGCUCCUCGUAAUGGUCAUAUUCACCCCCAGCAGGACCAGUACAUCUUAACAGACACUUUCAACGUUACUUGUGACCUUGGCUAUGAGUUAACUCUGGGAGAAGAAAGCUUGCCUUCCUAUCAAGCCAUGUGCCUGAAGGAUGGAUUCUGGGAUGGUCCAAUGCCCAUCUGUACGAUCAUUGACUGUGGAGACCCUGAUGAGAUUUACAAAGGAAGCGUUGAAUUCACCAAAACCACAUAUAAAUCUCAGAUCAAGUACAGCUGCGAAGAAUACUACACCAUGAAGACCAGCAUGACGGGAGGCUAUACUUGCGCUCAUGACGGCUACUGGAGAGACACGCUGGGUGGACGGAAGCUUCCUGAGUGUACACCUAUCUGCGGGAAGCCUCAAGGGAGACUGUCCAAGGUGAUUGGAGGCGAGAAUGUAGAGAAGAAUGAGAUCCCCUGGCAGGUGAUGAUUCUGAAAGGAGGCCAUUUCCAGGGCGGUGGGGCCUUGCUCACUGACGACUGGGUCCUGACCGCUGCUCAUGUCCUACAAGGCUAUGGUGAAGUGUCCAACCUGGGUGUGAAGCUGGGCCUGGUCAAACGGCAAGAUCCCCAGGCGAAGCUGGGUUUUCCUAAGGAGGUCUUCAUGCACCCAGAUUACCAUCACGAUGGGGUGAACUUCAACAAUGAUAUUGCUCUGAUCAAACUGCAUCGUAAAGUAGCCAUAAGUGCAGCCAUCAUGCCCGUGUGUUUGCCAGGAAAGGACAGGCGAUUCCUGCUGAAGGCUGAUGACCAUGGUACAGUGAGUGGAUGGGGUGUUUGGCAAAAGGAGGGUAGAGGUGGUUCUCCUCAUCUGAAGUUUGCAGUAAUACCUGUUGUUGACUUUCAAGUAUGCAAGGCUAAGUAUGACUCUAUAGUGUCAGAUAAAGGAAAGCUGGUGGUAACAGAGAACAUGGUAUGUGCAGGUGCGACUGAGGGGGGUGUGGAUUCUUGUCAGGGAGACAGCGGAGGACCGUAUGUGUUUCUGGACAACCAGAGUCGUAGUUGGUAUAUUGGUGGCAUCGUCUCUUGGGGUUAUAAAUGUGCUGAAGCGGGCUAUUAUGGGAUAUACACCAAAGUGACCAAUUACAUUUCUUGGAUUGAAGAGACUAUGUCACAAAACAGUUAAUUAAGGGCUCUGUGUAGUACCAAAAAAGGUUAUUUGACCUAAAAAUAGCUUGAUGCUAUGUAGAAUCAAUUUAAAAUGCUUUUAAAGAACCUUUACAACAGGUUUUCUAUUAAAGAGAGGAACUGUUGAACCCUACAAAUAAACAUCUAAAAAUUCCAGCAUUCUUUAAGUUGUUAUAUAUAACUUGAGGAACCUAUUUUAAAGGGUGUAUUAUGCAUUUAAAUGUGAAUAUUAAGAUUGUCACUUAAUUACAAAAUACUUUGUUGUACCACACAUGAAAAAAAGUCUUAGUCUUCAUUACAAAAAUUUGGCUGACCUCUCUGUCCCAUUGGUUGAAUGCUAUGAUUUACCACAGCCAUUGUCAGACAGCCAAGUGAAUGAAGGCCAGGAUCAUCAUUUGGAAACAAUCACUGCUGUAGAGGUAUUUAGCAUAACCAAGAGCCACUUGUUGCAUUUCGACUGAGCUCAGAAACACUGGCCUAAAUGCAGAGGUGUUUUAAAAAAUGAAAUGAGCUGCUUCAGUCUCCCAGCCUCGGCAUCAUAAUUUACAGUCAUUUACCUCUUAUGCAUUAUGCAUCUGUUACCAAAGUUGCCACCGUUGCCUCCCAUCAGUGCGGCCAUUCAAGCCUCUUGACUCAGGUGUAAUAGCCUCUUCAGUAGUGUUUCAGCCCUGUAGAGUCUCAAUCAGUUUCAGCUCCAUUUAUACAGCCUGUGGGUCUAUAUCAUAAGGAGUUGGACAGUGCAGGAGAAAGAGAUCUUCUACAGACUCUCUACAAAUGUCAGACUACAAAAAAACAGUAAUAAAUCUAAUUUAAAAAUUGGGAUUAGUAACAGGUGAUUUUUGUUCAGUUAUCUUCAGUAUGUACAUGUCUGUAAACUGCAUUCAGCACAGUAUUAUCAGUUUCAGUUACUCAGACAUAUUACAUACAACCAUAUUACGUUAUUGAGUAUUUACUGAAAAAACAGCGCAAAGUUUUAAAUUAUAGAAGUUUGGAAAGAAGGCCCGAGUGUUUAAAGGGUUAAUCAACAAUAGAACAAGACACUAUGACUCUGCUGAGGUCUGACAUAUGGCUGCAGUUAUGCUUUGUUGGAGGUGGGGAGUAGAUAACUCACAGUUGAUUUGUUUGCCCUUGGCAAAAUCAGGACUCAGUGAUGUGCAGGCCAGCAUGGUCUCAGUGUCAGUGUCCAGUGAGCAUGGCCAUGCUCGAGUGUGGACACUGACCCAAAGCACUGACAUUAUACUGACAUUCACAGAGAAAAGAGAAAAACACCUGUUUGGAAUGAUUCUUAAAAUAAACCUUGUUUGUUCUACAGAACAGUGAAA